AUGCUCUUUCUUCUUUAUGCCACUGCAGCUCUUGCUGCUAGACCAAACCCAGACUGGGAAGAAUGUGACGACUGUCUGGUGAUUACCACUCCGUCAUCGCUAGCAGGCACUUUGACGUAUACUGGGCCAACAGAAGAGCCGUUGCCCGAGGAACCGACUACGGAAGAGCCAGUGGAACCGACAACUGAAGAGCCUGAGGAACCAACAACGGAAGAGCCAGAGGAGCCGACUACUGAUGGUCCCGAAGAACCAACUACCCAGGAACCAACCACUGAGACUCAGGAGCCUACUACUGAAACCUGGGACCCUCCUACUGAGGGUCCUACUGAGGGUCCUACUGAAGGUCCAGGUCCUACUGAAGGUCCAGGGGAAACCGAGAAUCCUCAACCAACUGAAGGUCCUGGUCCUGGCCCUGGUCCAACUCAGACUGAGGAGCCUGGUCCACCUCAGACUACCCAGGAACCAGUAACUGAGACACCCCAGGAGCCUGAAGGUCCUGAGGAACCCACAACUACCUCUCCUCCCACUGAUGCUGGUGAAACACCUCCAGUUACUCAGGGCCCUGAGGUUCCUCCAGAAACUACCGCUCCUAAUUGGUCUGUCUCUACCAUCACCAUCGUGGUCCCUCUGACUUCAGUUGAAGUAGUCACCAAAUGCUCUCCACAUGUUCUGCUGACGACCAAUGUGGCUACAAAGUCUACUACUUCUUACCUCACCGACUACCACACUUCCUAUACCACGUCGAAGUUCACUUAUACAUUCGACCCAGCUACCAGAACUGGCUUCAACUUCGAGAACGGCUCGUACGUGGAGAUCACCGAAAGCUGCUCUACCUCAAUCUAUUCGAAUGUUAAUACUGUCUAUUCAGUGAUCAUCUCGUCGUGGCUUGAGACUGCCGUUGGUUACUUCACCUCAUACUCAUGCGACGAGACCAGAUCUACUCGUACUUUUGAGGGUGUGAUCACCACUGAGACUACCGUUACUGUUCCAGGGGUGGCUCCAACUGGAAAUGGUGGUUCCAGUCCUACUGCCGAAGCUCCUGGCGUACCUGGCGUACCUGGUGUUCCUGAUACUCCUGGCACUGAUGGAGUUCCUGGCAUUGAUGGUACUCCCGGUACCCCUGGCAUUCCUGGUACCCCUGGAGUACCUGGAACACCAGGAAUCGCCGGCGCCACUGCUCCUGCUGCUUUACCCGCUACCUCAACGUCUGCUGCCCUUGACUGUCCUGUGGACACUACUACCGUCUACGUCCCUGAACCUCAGGUAUGUGCUUUUGCCAAUGGAGGAAGCUUGGUUUCUCCAAACAAGGCAAUUGCUGGUAUUUCCGUCCUUGGCGUUCUUUCGUUCUUCUUCUUCUAA